GGUGGGAUGACUCAGCGCAGUGUCAGGCUCGAGGCUGUUACCUUCCGGACCGAAGUGUCGUUAGCUAAUAAUAGUGCGGGUCGGGAAUGUGCUGUUCGUCGCCACGAAGGAUUCCGGGGAAAUAAUUGAAUAAUAAGACUAUAUGAAGAUUUCACUGAGGAAUUUGGUUUUACAUGCCUUCAAAAAACGGUGACCCCAAACAAAAUGGACCUGCUUCCUAAAGCACUGCUGCUGGUGCUCUUCCUCUGCGCACUGUGUGGUACUUCAGGUUCAAUUGACUUCUGCUGUGGCACAAUUGUACCAGAGACUCCUGUACUGGAGCUAGGGAAAGAAUUCACGGCCACAUGCAUCCUGUCUGAAUAUGGCCGGCAGUAUACUAGAGCCACUGCUGACGACAUCUCCUGGAUGUUCAGAAAUGUCACGGUGGACAGAAAAUAUUACACCAAAAUUAAUGAGUCGGCCAUCAGCAUUACUGUGAACAUCACCGAAGAAACAAAGAGCCCUUUGAAGUGCAAUGUUAUAUCUCAUGUGUUGUCACAUCCAGAAAGCAAGAAUGUGUACGGGAUGCUUUUCACUGUGGGAUAUCCCCCAGAAAUGCCUAAAAAUCUGUCAUGCUGGGUGCUCCAGUCUGGCGAUCAGCUGUCCCAUAUUAUGUCCUGCACAUGGAACCCAGGAGCUCGAGAUCCCCUUCUGAAAACCACUUACUCGUUGCAUGCGCGCUAUUACAGCACAAAUAUUUCAAAUAUGAGCAUACAGAAGAACUACGGGGAAUUAGACUUUCAGACCAUGCCGAUUUAUACGACUGUGACUAUCCAGGUAGAAGCGGAGAAUGAGCUGGGAAAGGUCAGCUCAGAAGUCCUGUACGAUCCAGUUAACAUCUUGAAAAUGAAUCCUCCAAAAAACGUAAAAGUGACAACAGAGGGGUUUCCUACAACGCUGAUGGUGAAGUGGAAACGCUCCAUUAACCUUCCACAACUUGUACUCAGGCACACCAUUCGCUUCUCAGCCGUAGGAGCCAGUGUGUGGUCAGAGAUCCCAGUGGGUGAUAUACCUCCUGAAAAUGAAUCAUUCAGGCUGCAGAACCUCCAGCCAUACACUGACUACGUUGUCCAAAUACGCUGCAUGAAUACCAGAGACCCCAUGUACUGGAGUGAGUGGAGUACAAAUGUGACAGAGAAGACCCCUGAAGAUAAACCCUCAAGUAGACCAGAUUUGUGGAGGAUCAUAAUUCCAUCAGAAAUUAAUUCUGAAAAGCGAGUGAAACUGAAGUGGAAGGAUCCUCUUCACUCAAAUGGAAAAAUCCUGGGGUACAACCUAACAAUAACAAAUCGCGACAAGAGAGAAAUACUCCACAUGGGCCCAAAUGAAAGGGAGUACACGCUGUCUAGCGGAAAACAUAACAUCAGAGUUACAGUGACAGCCAACAAUUCUGUUGGCAUUUCCCCUCCAGCAGUUUUAACACUGAAUAAAGAGCACCCUCCAGUGGAGGCGGUGACGUGUGUGUCACAAGAUGAGAAGCUGUGGGUGUACUGGCAGCUACCCAACUCGACGCAUGUCACCGAGUUUCUGCUAGAAUGGGAGGAGGCUGGACAGACGGUCUGGCAAAGAGAACCAGGCUCCUCCCGAAGUGCUGUUCUUAAAGGAAAUUUUCUUCCAUUCAAGUUCUACAACAUAUCUGUUUACCCGCUGUAUCAAUCAGUUCCCGGGAAGCCAUACACAGUUGGAGCAUACCUGAAGCAAGGAGUUCCAUUGAUGAGUCCCGCUCUGAAAGUAGAGAAAUCGGGGAAAAAUGAGAUUGAACUGGAGUGGUCUCCAAUCCCACUUGAAAAACGGCAAGGGUUUAUAGUGAACUACAUUAUAUUCUAUGAGGACUCAAAGGGUGAAAGAAAAUCUGAAGUCAUUGGUCCUGAAGUAUAUACGUACAAACUGAAAUCUUUAGCCAGUAACGCCAAAUAUGACGUGUGGAUCAUACCAUCAACAAUCGCAGGACCAUCACAGGAAUCCUCUCGCCUUACAGUUACCACUCGUCAAUAUGCGGUUGGAGAAAUCGAAGCAAUAGUUGUGAGCGUGUGCAUUGGGUUCCUGUUUCUCACCGUGAUGACCAUGGCCGUUUGCAUUAAUAAAAACAAAAUGAUUAAGAAGCAUAUCUGGCCCCAGGUUCCAGACCCUUCCAACAGCACUAUUGCUAAUUGGUCGCCUGAUUUUCCAUCAAGGCCGGCAUCCCCGAAAGAGGGCAGCAUGACGGACGUGAGUGUGGUCGAGGUUGAUAUCUUUGACAAGAAAUCAAUGAAUGAGGAGAUGCUGAAAAAGGACAAGUACUCAUCAGAGGAGCAUAGCAGUGGGAUUGGUGGCUCCUCCUGCAUGUCUUCCCCACGCCAGAGCGUGUCAGACUGCGACGAGGGUGACUCGGGCCAGACAACAGCCAGCACUGUGCAGUACUCUUCUGUGGUGGCCAGCGGCUACAAGGGCCAGACUCCUGCAUCGCUGCCACCUUUCAUUCGAUCAGAGUCCACCCAGCCUCUCCUGGAUUCCGAGGAGCGCCCAGAGGACUUGCAUGUUCAGGAGGGCAGCGGGCACCUGCCAGCUCAUAGAAAUCCCAGACAUCCUUACUUCAGACGGCCUUGGGCCGUUAGUGAGGACAACCCUUUGAAUCUUCAACAGAUUGAGAUUGGGGAGCAGAACUCCAGCUCCCUUGGUUUCUGCCCUGUGGAGGAAGGGUCCCAGCAGACUACGCCGACUACAGAGAAUGUCCCCGCUGCUGGGUCCGCGAGCUCCGGCCCAUCCUACAUGCCUCAAGCAAGCGGCUACAGGCCUCAGUGAAGGAGAUAUGCCGGGCCUAGGAAUUCAACAUUUUCACUCAGUCCUGCAGUACCUAUACUGUGUUGACCUUUGCAGCACAAACAUCAGCGUGUCCGUAGUCUCUCUAUACUGUAUUUUAAUAGUGUUUCAGGACUUAGUGCUCUUGUAUAGGUGACAAAGUGAUGGAGCAGAUGUACCCAGUUGAAGGGAGAAUGUGUCACUGUGCCUACCUUAGCUACUGAAAAUUGUUAUUCAACCUUAAAAGCAUGUACUUACACUAAAUAAAAAAUAGCAUAUUAAUCUAUAAAAAUCCUAGGUCAAGAUUUUAAAGGUCUUCAGAUGCAGUACUAUAAUGGAUACAUUUAAUAUGUUUAAUCUAUUUAUAUAUUCAAUAAAGAAUGUUCAGAUAUCUUAAAUGUACGUGAAAAAGCAGUUUAAAUUACAGAACCUUUGGAAAUGCUUAGUCAGUGUUAUUACGUUGUAUCCAGCUACCCGUGACUGAGAAGUCUCAUCCUAUGUUUGACCUCAUACCGUUUUUUGUGUGCUUUGCUUUUAGCAUUUACUAAUCCAUUACUAAAGUGCUUCUGCAUUUCCUGUAUAAUGGAAUUGGGCACAUUUUUAGUGAUAACCAAGUAAGAAAUCAAUGCUUGUCUCCAUAGCAUUGCUGUGUGCAGAUGUAUCCUACACUUUUCUACUGACGUACGUAAGAAUGAACAAUUUGUAAUUAGUAGCUAGGAUAUAACUUCAUUGAAAUAAUAAGGAAAGCUGUUACGUUUGCCUUUAAUCAACACUACUAUGUUUCUGCAUAAGCCAAAGACUUUUAUGUAAUCUAUUCUUCACUGCAUGCCUUCUAACUUCUACAGAUUGAUGCAUGAUUGUAAAUAUGUAUUUUUUUAAAGGUUUAUAUAAACUGGUUUGUACAAAACUCUAUAUAUGAAAAAUAAAAAUGGGUUUAAUUAGCA